AUGAGGGGAUUGGAAGAUCAGGAUAAGAAGGAUGAAUCUCACAGGUGAGGAUCUUUUGUACACCCCAUGGAUCGUUAUUAGGGACCCACUCUGGGGGGUAUAUAUCUCAGUUUUAUACGAGCUCUGUGGCAGUUUUCAGGACACAGAUUAAGCGUCGUCCUGGACUAAAAGGCAUUUUAAUUUUUUUAUCUGUGUCCGGUAAACCUCCCCUGUAUGCUGUAACAGCAUAUUAUGGAGCCUAUAACUACCCUGUUGUGUCAUUAUCUAUAGAGGUGUGAGUGACACGGUGAGGACAGAGAAUGAGGUUACUGAUGGAGUUUUGCGGAGGCCCCUGACUCUACUGGACAGGUUGCGACUGUGUCAGGACGCCUGGGCCCCUGGGAACCCCUGGGAUAGAGACGGGGCCCACGCUGCCCUCUGGGGCCGGCCUGCUGGGGUGAGUUCCCCCCCACUACCCUCUGUCUUUACACAGAUCACUGUGUGCAUCAGUCACAGUGUGUCCGUCCCAAAUGGCACCCUAUUCCCUAUAUAGUGCACUACUUUUGACCAGGGCCCAUAGGGCUCUGGUCAAAAGUAGUGCACUAUGUAGGGAAUAGGGUGUCAUUUGAGAUGGACACACUGUGUAGGCCCAUGCCACUAUCUAUUGUCUGACCUCAUGGUUGACCUCUGCAUUCAGGCCCUUAGGCCUAGCCUCCAGGUCACCUUGGUACAUUGGGUUAGCAUGUGAACAGGAUGCGAUAUUACAGAUAAAUAUGGAGGCAGACACUUACAGUAUGUCGAGUUGCUCUUGUAGUUCCCUUUAUCUAGCAUAACAGCAAAUUAAUGCGGAAGUGCUGCAUGUGUGAGAGAAUAAGAAAGGAGAGAUACAGAUGGACUGAAAGAAAGAGGAGCAGACUGAGUAGUGGCGUAGAAGUUGAUCGAUGCAGAAAAUAUAUUCGGUUUGCUAAAGAACCCCAGCUAUCUUAAGGACCCUGUCUUAACAAGAUCAACCACUGAGACAAGUGAGUAUGGUGAGACAGUAUCUGGAUACAGCAUCCUAUUACACUGUGAGAACUACUAUAUGUCAGGGUUUAGGUUGAAUUGGUGGGAUAAGAAAAGCACUUUAUAUUUCAGAAAUUAUUCACACCCCUUGACUUUUUCUAAAUGUUGUUGUGUUACAGCCUGAAUUUUAAAUGGAUUAAAUAAGAGAUUUUUUGUCACUGACCUACACACAAUGCCCCAUAAUGUCAAAGUGUAGUUAUGUUUUUCGACAUUUUUACAAAUGUAUAAAAAAAUUAUAUACGCUGAAAUGCCUUCAGUCAAUAAGUAUUCAACUCCUUUGUUUUGGCAAGCCUAAAUAAGUUCAGGAGUUAACAUUUGUUUAACAAGUUACAUAAUAAGUUGCAUGAACUCACUCUGUGUGCAAUAAUAGUGUUUAACGUGAUUUUUGAAUGACAACCUCAUCGCUAUACCCCACACAUACACUUAUCUGUAAGGUCCCUGAAUCGAGCAGUGAAUUUCAAACACAGAUUCACCCACAAAGACCAGGGAGGUUUUCCAAUGCCUCGCAAAGAAGGGCACCUAUUAGUAAAUAGGAUUUAAAAAAAAGCAGACAUUGAAUAUCCCUUUGAGCAUGGUGAAGUUAUUAAUUACACUUUGGAUGGUGUAUCAAUACACCUAGUCACUACAAAGAUACAGGCGUCCUUCCUAAUUCAGUUGCCGGAGAGGAAGGAAACCGCUCAGGGAUUUCACCAUGAGGCCAGUGGUGACUUAAAAACAGUCACAGAGGUUAAUGGCUGUGAUAGAAGAAAACUAAGGAUGGAUCAACAACAUUGCAUUUACUCCACAAUACUAACCUAAUUGACAGAGUGAAAAGAAGGAAGCCUGUACAGAAUAAAAAUAUUCCAAAACAUGCAUCCUGUUUACAGCAAGGCACUAAAGUAAUACUGCUAAAAAUGUGGCAAAGCAAUUAACUUUGUCCAGAAUACAAAAUGUUAUGUUUGGGGCAAAUCCAAUACACAAAUUACUGAGUAUUACUCUCCAUAUUUCCAAGCAUAGUGGUGGCUGCAUCAUGUUAUGGGUAUGCUUGUAAUCGUUAUGGACUGGGGAGUUUUUCAGAAUAAACAAAGAAACGGAAUGGAGCUAAGCACAGGCAAAAUGCUAGAGGGAAACCUGGUUCAGUCUGCUUUCCACCAGACACUGGGAGAUUAAUUCACCUUUCAGCAGGACAAGUGCCUAAAACACAAGGCCAAAUCUACACUGGAGUUGCUUACCAAAAAGACAGUAAUUGUUCCUGAGUGGCCAAGUUACAGUUUUGACUUAAGUCUACUUGAAAAUCUAUGCAAGACCUGAAAAUAGCUGUCUAGCAAUGAUCAACAACCAAUUUGACAGAGCUUGAAGAAUUUGGAAAAGAAUAAUGGGCAAAUGUUGCACAAUCCCAGUGUGGAAAGCUCUUAGAGACUUACCCAGAACGACUCACAGUUGUAAUAGCUGCCAAAGGUGCUAUUGGCUCAGGUGUGUGAAUACUUAUGUAAAUGAGAUACUUUCAAUAAAUGUGCUAAAAUAUUUGUAAACAUAUUUUUACUUUGUGAUUAUGGGGUAUUGUGUGUAGAUCAGUGAGAAUUUUUAUUUAUUUAAUCCAUUUUGAAUUCAGUCUGUAACACAACAAAAUGUGCAAUAAGUCAAGGGGGAUGAAAACAUUCUGAAGGCACUGUGUAUUCACUGUGAAUGAUGAAGUGAACAAAGGGGAGUUAAUCUAUCUUCUGCGGGUUUAGUUGACGAUAUGCAUUGAUAUUUAGAGAACUUUAUAUUUAAUAUACAGUUGAAGUCGGAAGUUUACAUACACCUUAGCCAAAUACAUUUAAACUCAGUUUUUCACAAUUCCUGACAUUUAAUCCUAGUAAAAAUUCCCUGUUUUAGGUCAGUUAGGAUCAUCACAUUCCCAGUGGGUCAGAAGUUUACAUACACUCAAUUAGUAUUUGGUAGCAUUGCCUUUAAAUUGUUUAACUUUGGUCAAACUUUUCGGGUAGCCUUCCACAAGCUUCCCACAAUAAGUUGGGUGAAUUUUGGCCCAUUCCUCCUGAGAGAGCUGGUGUAACUGAGUCAGUUUGUAGGCCUCCUUGCUCGCACACGCUUUUUCAGAUCUGCCCACAGAUGUUCUAUAGGAUUGAGGUCAGGGCUUUGUGAUGGCGACUCCAAUAUCUUGACUUUGUUGUCCUUAAGCCAUUUUGCCAUAACUUUGGAAGUAUGCUUGUGGUCAUUGUCCAUUUGGAAGACCCAUUUGCGACCAAGCUUUAACUUCCUAACUGAUGUCUUGAGAUGUUGCUUCAAUAUAUCCACCUCAUUUUCCUUCCUCAUGAUGCCAUCUAUUUUAUGACGUGCACCAGUCCCUCCUGCAGCAAAGCACCCCCACAGCAUGAUGCUGCCACCCCUGUACUUCGUGGUUGGGAUGGUGUUCUUCGGCUUGCAAGUAACCCCCUUUUUCCACCAAACAUAACGAAGGUCAUUAUGGCCAAACAAUUCUAUUUUUGUUUCAUCAGACCAGAGGACAUUUCUCCAAAAAGUAUGAUCUUUGUCCCCAUGUGCAGUUGCAAACCGUAGUCUGGCUUUUUUAUGGCGGUUUUGGAGCAGUGGCUUCUUCCUUGCUGAGCGGCCUUUCAGGUUAUGUCAAUAUAGGACUCGUUUUACUUCUGGAUAUAGAUACGUUCCUCCAGCAUCUUCACAAGGUCCUUUGCUGUUGCUCUGGGAUUGAUUUGCACUUUUCGCACCAAAGUACGUUCAUCUCUUGGAGACAGAACGCGUCUCCUUCCUGAGCGGUAUGACGGCUGCGUGGUCCCAUGGUGUUUAUACUUGCGUACUAUUGUUUGUACAGAUGAACAUCGUACCUUCAGGCAUUUGGAAAUUGCUCCCAAGGAUGAACCAGACUUGUGGAGGUCUACAAUUUUUCUUUUGAGGUCUUGGCAGAUUUAUUUUGAUUUUCCCAUGAUGUCAAGCAAAGAGGCACUGAGUUUGAAGGUAGGCCUUGAAAUACAUCCACAGGUACACCUCCAAUUGACUCAAAUGAUGUCAAUUAGCCUAUCAGAAGCUUCUAAAGCCAUGACAUCAUUUUCUGGAAUUAUCCAAGCUGUUUAAAGGCACAGUCAACUUCUGACCCACUGGAAUUGUGAUACAGUGAAUUAUAAGUGAAAUAAUCCGUCUGUAAACAAUUGUUGGAAAAAUUACUUGUAUCAUGCACAAAGUAGAUGUCCUAACCGACUUGCCAAAACUAUAGUUUGUUAACAAGACAUUUGUGGAGUGGUUGAAAAACAAGUUUUAAUGACUCCAACCUAAGUGUAUGUAAACUUCCGACUUCAACUGUAGCUUGCGUUGCAUCAAACUGCUGCUGCCUAUAGUUUGUUUUUGACUUGACUCAAAGUGAACAUACCAAUGUGUCUCUCACUAUCACAGUUAGGUAUCUAUUCCUGAACACACUGUUCAUCAAACCCACUUCCUGUGAUGUGUCUGUAGCCCUAUUAUGUGUGUGUGCGUGCUCACUUAUUUCGCUGUGAGCUUUUGGUGCGUACGUGUAUUUGAAUGUGUGUGUAUUAUUUGCGCUUGCACAUUCUCUGCCACUUAGUUAGCGUUGGUGUGAGGCUAGCCUGACUUGCUCACUUCUGUAGGCCUUGAAUGACUGAUCUACAGAAAAAUGAGUAAGUCCAUCUUGUCCUUUUCUGUGAAGCUGCUCUGCAGAAUCACUGUUUCCUAACGCCCAAACACAGUGUAAUGAGGCUUCUCAUCACCUCUCUCUCCUUUCACAGAGCUUCCUGGUGUUGAGGGACUCUGCCUCCCAGCCCGUCCUGCUGUGUGUGUCCACUGGAGGAGGGAGUGGACAUGUCAGAGACAACCCCAUACAACACAUUGGUGCAGGUAGGCAGGACACACAGACAAACACGCACACAUUUACUGAAUUACAUUUACUGACCAGAACCUCAACAGCCGCACUUCAUGCUUCCCUAUUUUUAAGGUUAAUCUCAAGUUCUUAGUUUGUUGUACGUCUUAUAAUAACCUCUCUCUUCUUGUCUCUCAGUUUAUCAGCUAUCUCAGUCAUAUUUAGGCUUCUCUGAUCUGGCUCAGUUAGUGGUCUUCUACUCUCUGAGCAGGUGAGUUACAACAACCUACGGUAUAUAUACUAACUACAGUAUUUAUCAGUUUUGCAUCUGAUAUAUAUCAUUAACUUCUCUUUCUCUCUCACUUUCUCUCUCUCUCUCUCUCUCUCUCUCUCUCACUCCAUAUCUCUCUCUCACUCCAUAUCUCUCUCUUGCUCUCUCUCUCUCUCUCUCACUCCAUAUCUCUCUCUCUCUCGCUCUCUCUCUCUCUCUCUCUCUCUCUCUCUCUCUCUCUCUCUCUCUCUCUCUCUCUCUCUCACACACUCCAUAUCUCUCUCUUGCUCUCUCUCUCUCUCUCUCUCUCUCUCUCUCUCUCUCUCUCUCUCUCUCUCUCUCUCUUUCUCUCUCUCUCAAUUCAAUUCAAUUCAAGGGUCUUUAUUGGCAUGGGAAACAUAUGUUUACAUUGCCAAAGUAAGUGAAGUAGAUAAUAAACCAAAGUGAAAUAAACAAUAAAAAAUUAACAGUAAACAUUACACUCACAAAAGUUCCAAAAUAAUAAAGACAUUUCAAGUGUCAUUAUGUCUAUAUACAGUGUUGUAAUGAUGUGCAAAUAGUACAAAAGGGAAAAUAAAUAAACAUAAAUAUAGGUUGUAUUUACAAUGGUGUUUGUUCUUCACUGGUUGCCCUUUUCUUGUGGCAACAGGUCACAAAUCGUGCUGCUUUGAUUGCACACUGUGGUAUUUCACCCAGUAGAUAUGGGAUUUUAUCAAAACUGGAUUUGUUUUCGAAUUCUUUGUGGGUCUGUGUAAUCUGAGGGAAAUAUGUCUCUAAUAUGGUCAUACAUUUGGCAGGAAGUUAGGAAGUGCAACUCAGUUUCCACCUCAUUUUGUGGGCAGUGUGCACAUAGCCUGUCUUCUCUUGAGUCAAAGAUUUCCUCAAUUUUGGGUCAUUCACAGUGGUCAGGUAUUCUGCCACUGUGUACUAUAUGUUUAGGGCCAAAUAGCAUUCUAGUUUGCUCUGUUUUUUUGUAAAUUCUUUCCAAUGUGUCAAGUAAUUAUCUUUUUGUUUUCUCAUGAUUUGGUUGGGUCUAAUUGUGUUGCUGUCCUGGGGCUCUGUGGGGUCUGUUUGUGUUUGUGAACAGAGCUGCAGGACCAGCUUGCUUAGGGGGCUCUUCUCCAGGUUAAUUUCUCUGUAGGUGAUGGCUUUGUUAUGGAAGGUUUGGGAAUCGCUUCCUUUUAGGUGGUUGUAGAAUUUAACGGCUCUUUUCUGGAUUUUGAUAAUUAGCAGGUAUCGGGCUAUUUCUGCUCUGCAUGCAUUAUUUGGUGUUUUACGUUGUACAUGGAGGAUAUUUCUGAGGAAUUCUGCAUGCAGAGUCUCAAUUUGGUGUUUGUCCCAUUUUGUGAAUUCUUGGUUGGUGAGCAGACCCCAGACCUCACAACCAUAAAGGGCAAUGAGUUUUAUAACUGAUUCAAGUAUUUUUAGCCAGAUCCUAAUUGGUAUGUCGAAUUUUAUGUUCCUUUUGAUGGCAUAGAAGGCCCUUCUUGUCUUGUCUCUCAGAUCGUUCAUAGCUUUGUGGAAGUUACCUGUGGCGCUGAUGUUUAGGCCGAGGUAUGUAUCGUUUUUUGUGUGCUCUAGGGCAACGGUGUCUAGAUGGAAUUUGUAUUCAUGGUCCUGGCAACUGGACCUUUUUUGGAACACCAUUAUUUUAGUCUUACUGAGAUUUACUGUCAGGGCCCAGGUCUGACAGAAUCUGUGCAGAAGAUCUAGGUGCUGCUGUAGGCCCUCCUUGGUUGGGGACAGAAGCACCAGAUCAUCAGCAAACACUAAACAUUUGACUUAAGAUUCUAGUAGGGUGAGGCCGAAUGCUGCAGACUGUUCUAGUGCCCUCGCCAAUUCGUUGAUAUAUCUGUUGAAGAGGGUGGGGCUUAAACUGCAUACCUGUUUUUUGCCAAGUUUAAUCGCACACUUGUUGUUUGUGUACAUGGAUUUUAUAAUGUCGUAUGUUAUCCCCCCCAACACCACUUUCCAUCAAUUUGUAUAGCAGGCCCUCAUGCCAAAUUGAGUCGAAAGCUUUUUUGAAAUCAACAAAGCAUGAGAAGACUUUGCCUUUGUUUUGGUUUGUUUGUUUGUCAAUGAGGGUGUGCAGGGCGAAUACGUGGUCUGUCGUACGGUAAUUUGGUAAAAAGCCAAUUUGACAUUUGCUCAGUCUGCUGUGUGUACGAGUCUGCUGUUAAUGAUAAUGCAGAGGAUUUUCCCAAGGUUGCUGUUGACGCAUAUCCCAAGGCAGUUAUUGGGGUCAAAUUUGUCUCCACUUUUGUGGAUUGGGGUGAUCAGUCCUUGGUUCCAAAUAUUAGGGAAUAUGCCAGAGCCGAGGAUGAUGUUAAAGAGUUUAAGUAUAGCCAAUUGGAAUUUGUGGUCUGUAUAUUUUAUCAUUUCAUUUAGGAUACCAUCAACCACACAGGCCUUUUUGGGUUGGAGGGUUUGUAUUCUAUAGAUUGUUCAACUACAUUGAGCUGAUUUCUGACGUGCUGCUUCUUUUUCCCGUAGUGUAUUUCUGUAUUAUUUUAGUGAUUCACUAUAGUGAAGGCGUAGGCUCAGGUUUUCUGGGUCUCUAUGUUUUUGGUUUCUCAAUUUCUUUCUUAGGUUUUUGCAUUCUUCAUCAAACCAUUUGUAAUUGUUGUUAAUUUUCUUAGGUUGUCUGCUUGAAAUGUUUAGAUUUGAUAGGGAAGCUGAGAGGUCAAAUAUACUGUUUAGGUUUUCUACUGCCAAGUUUACACCUUCAUUAUUACAGUGAAACAUUUUGUCCAAGAAAUUGUCUAGAAGGGAUUGAAUUUGUUGUUGCCUAAUAGUUUUUUGGUAGAUUUCCACACUACUAAUUUGCUGUGAUCUGAUAGGAGUGUCAGUGGACUGACAGUGAACACUGAGACUCUGGGUUGAGGUCCGUGAUAAAGUAGUCUACAGUACUACUGCCAAGACAUGAGCUAUAUGUGUACCUGUCAUAGGAGUCCCCUCGAAGCCUACCAUUGACUAUGUACAUACCCAGCGUCCGACAGAACUGCAGGAGUUGUGACCCGUUUUUGUUGGUUAUGUUGUCGUAGUUGUGUCUAGGGGGGCAUAUGGGGGAAGGAAUGCUGUCACUUCCAGGUAGGUGUUUGUCCCUCUGUGUGCUGAGGAUGUCAGGUUCUUGUCCAGUUCUGGCAUUUAGGUCGCCACAGACAAGUACAUGUCCCUGGUUUGGAAAUGGUUGAUCUCCCCGUCUAGGAUGGAGAAGCUGUCAUCGUUAAAGUAUGGGGAUUCUAUUGGGGGGAUAUAGGUAGCACACAUGAGGAAAUUUUUCUCUGUUGAGAAGCCAGAUGUAAAAUGUUCCUGUUUUGACAAAUGUAAUAGAGUGGGUUAGGUCUGCUCUAUACCAAAUUGGCAUACCCCCUGAGUCCCUUCCCUGUUUCACACCUGGUAGUUUGGUGGAUGGGACUACCAGCUCUCUGUAACCUAGAGGGCAACCAGUGGGUCCGUCUCCUUUAUGCCAUGUUUCUUGUAGGAUGACAAUGUCUGUAUUUCCAAUUUCUUUGAUGAAGUCUGCGUUCCUGCUCUUUAGGCCAAAGGCAGAUGACCUCACACCUUGUAUAUUCCAGGAUGAGAUAGUAAAAGCUUUGUGUUCCAUAGUGUCUAGUGUUGUUUUUGUGUGCAGGUCCUUCAGGAGGAGGUCUUGCAGGUCUGGGAGGGUGUCUCACUGGUCUAGGCGGGGUGUCCGUUGCUCUGUUGCUCCUGUGUGAGGUGCUGGGGCUACGGUUGAGGGUGACGUCCUUCAGGGUCCUGGCAAAAGUUGGGAUCGCUGCCUUGUAGAGGUGGACCUGGUCGUAAAGGCUGUUCAAGUCCAGGGUGGAGUGGUUGGCCAGGUAGACAUUAGGUUUUGAGGCACAGUCUCGCGAAAUGCUUGCAUUCACCUGCUGUAUGGUGGCAGGGUGAACGUAUUUUCGUGGGAGCAGGGUGGAGAUAACCACUUGUGCGUUGGGGAAAGUGGAAGAAGCUUUUUUUGGGGGGGAACUCUCCUGCCAUUGUAGCUUAGUAGCCUUACUUAUUAAGCUUUAUAUAACAAAAUUACCUAGAGAUUAUUGCCUUUUACUUCAGAAGUAGGUUCAGACUGAACAUUACUCACUCAGUUUGGUGUUGGAUGGUAUUUCCAGGUUCCGCUGUGUUUCUUCUGCAGGUUUUGGUUUGUUAUACGUUUUUUUUUCUUGAUAGUCCUUGGUAGUAAUAGUCCAUUCAGGUAAUUUUGUCAAAAAUCAAGGUUUUAUGGAUGGAAAUUAGAUUUUGAUUGAAGGUUUUAAUGUUGAGGUUAGUAUCCUGUAUAAAUCCUUGUGAAAAAAUUCAAGUCUAUCUAACUCUAAUUCUAUAUUUUUGCAGAAGAACUCAGGAGCCCACACUACCUCUCUCUCUCUCUGUCUCUCUCAAUUCAAUCCAAUUCAAUUUGCUUUAUUGGCAUGACGUAACAAUGUACAUAUUGCCAAAGCUUACUUUGGAGAUUUACAAUAUUAACGUAAUUAAAAUAAUAAUAAUCAAUAUUGUCAAUGGGACAACAGUAACAACAAUAAUCAAGGGUCAAAAUUACCAUACAUUGAACAAUAACAAUAAGCAUAGUGGACAUUUGCAGGUUGGUUGGUCUGUCAGACACUGUCCCUCAUUUUAUGGAAGGCAGCAAUGUAGUGCGCUGCCAACCCACAGCUCUCUGCGUCCUCCCCCAACAGGACAGGUAGCCUAUUCUCAGCAGAGAGGUCUUUGAAACCUUGAAUAAGGGUGUCAAAUUUGGGGAAAUUACACUCUCUAAUUGUUUUAUAUUUUUGACAUUUUGUCAGGAAAUGCAGCUCUGUCUCAGGUUCUGCUGUGGUGCAGUGGUUGCACAGCCUUUCCUCUACAGGGAGCCAGGUUUUCCUGUGUCUACCCUUCUCAAUGGCAAGACUGAGCCUAUACUUUGUCAAGGUUUUUCUAAGGUUUUGAUCGUCUGUCUCUAUCUCUAUCUGUCUCACUCUUUCUCUCUCUCUCUCGUUCCAUAUCUCUCUAUCUCUCUCUUUCUCUCUCUCAGGGACGUGUUGCCAGUGUGUCUGUUCAUCCCUCCGUGGCUCUAUAGUGUAUCAGAUCAGCCACAGUCCAGCAGUCUGUCCCAGCUGGGUCCCAGUAAGUCUGAAUUCACCCUCUUCAUCUCUCCUCUUCCUCACCCACGCUCUCUUCCACUUAUCAUCUUCCUUUCACUCCUCCUGCACAACUAUCUCCUUGUCAUCCAUCCUAGUCACUUCAUAUCAAACGUCUCAUCCUCUAUGUGCUCCUCUUCUUACUCUACCUCCUCUUGACGACUACCAUCUCAUCAUUCUAAUGUUUGAUCUCCUUUCCUCCCUCUCUUUUUGUGUAUCUGUUUGUAUAUAGAGUCCUGGCUGUGUCCCACCACUGACCUCCAGCCUGAUCACAUGACUCAGAGGGCUCCUAGUACUGCCAUGUGCACCAUACAGGUAAUCAGCAGUAUUCAUAGCUUCAUAACAUGUCUAUAAAGGUUGGGACCUACACUACAUGACCAAAAGUAUGUGGACACCUGCUCGUCGAACAUCUCAUUCCAAAAUCAUGGGCUUUAAUAUGGAGUUGGUCCCCCCUUUGCUGCUAUAACAGCCUACGCUCUUCUGGGAAGGUUUUCCUCUAGAUAUUGGAACAUUGCUGCUGGGACUUGCUUCCAUUCAACCACAAGCAUUAGUGAGGUCGGCACUGAUGUUGGGCGAUUAGGCCUGGCUUGCAGUCAGUGUUCCAAUUCAUCCUAAAGGUGUUCAAUGGGGUUGGGGUCAGGGCUCUGUGCAGGCCAGUCAAGUUCUUCCACACCGGCCUCCCAAGUGGCGCAGCGGUAUAAGGCACUGCAUCGGAGUACUUGAGGCGUCACUACAGACUCGGGUUCGAUCCCAGGCUGUGUCACAGCCGGCCGUGACCGGGAGACCCAUGAGGCGGCGCACAAUUGGCCCAGCGUCGUCCGGGUUAGGGGAGGAUUUGGCCGGCCGGGAUUUCCUUGUCCCAUCGCGCUCUAGCGACUCCUUGUGGCGGGCCGGGCACCUGCAAGCUGACUUCGGUCUCAAGCUGGAUGGUGUUUCCUCAGACACAUUGGUGCGGCUGGCUUCCGGGUUAAGUGAGCAGUGUGUCAAGAAGCAGUGUGGCUUGGCAGGGUCUUAUUUCAGAGGAUGCAUGGCUCUCGACCUUCACCUCUCCCGAAUCCGUAGGGGAGUUGCAGCGAUGUGACAAGACUGUAACUACCAAUUCGAUAUCACGAAAUUAGGGAGAACAUUUUUGAAAUAAAUAAAAAGAAAUAUUCCACACCGAUCUCGACAAACCAUUUCUGUAUGGACCUCGCUUUGUUCACGGGGUAAUUGUCAUGCUGAAACAGGAAAGGGCCUUCCCCAAACUGUUGCCAUAAAGUUGGAAGCGCAGAAUCAUCUAGGAUGACAUUGUAUGCUGUAGCGUUAAGAUUUCUCUUCACUGGAACUAAGGGGCCUAGCCCGAACCAUGAAAAUAGCCCCAGACCAUUAUUCCUCCUACACCAAACUUUGGCACUAUGCAUUCGGGCAGGUAGUGUUCUCCUGGCAUCCGCCAAACCUGAUUCGUCCAUCGGACUGCCAGAUGGUGAAGCAUGAUUCAUCACUCCAGAGAACGUGUUUCCACUGCUCCAGAGUCCAAUGGCAGCGAGCUUUGCACCACUCCAGCCGACGCUUGGAAUUGCUCAUGGUGAUCUUAGGCUUGUGUGCGGCUGCUCGGCCAUGGAAACCCAUUUCAUGAAGCUCCUGACGAACAGUUCUUGUGCUGACGUUGCUUCCAGAGGCAGUUUGGAACUCUGUUGUGAGUGUUGCAACCGAGGACAGAUGGUUGCACUACGCGCUUCAGCACUCGGCGGUCCUGUUCUGUGAGCUUGCGUGGCCUACCACUUCACUGCUGAGCCGAUGUUGCUCCUACACGUUUCCACUUCACAAUAACAGCACUUACAGUUGACCAGGGCAGCUCUAGCAGGGCAGAAAUUGGACGAACUGACUUGUUGGAAAGUGGCAUCCUAUGACGGUGCCACGUUGAAAGUCACUGAGCUCUUCAGUAAGGCCAUUGUACUGCAAAUGUUUGUCUUUGGAGAUUGCAUGGCUGUGUGCUCGAAUUUAUACACCUGUCAGCAGCAGGUGUGGUUGAAAUAGCCGAAUCCACUAAUUUGAAGGGGUGUCCACAUACUUUUGUAUAAAUAGGGUAUUCACUAUGUUGUAUUCUGCUUUAACAUGACGUAGUUAGAGAACCACUCUAGUGGAUGUGUUGCCAUGGUUUGACAUGUGAUUCACAUUGAAAAGCAGAGGUCUGCUCCAAGGUUUUCCUAGUGCUUUGUAAUGUUAUCCCAGUCAAGUGUCACUCUCAGCAUCAUAGAUGAGUUGAGGUGUACCUCAGUUCAGACUGACGUCACGACUCCUUUUGCUCUUCAGUCGAAUAUCUUACAUUUUAAUACUGUAUUUCCUUUUUCAAAUCUAUAUAGGUUUUAAAGGCCCAGUGCAGUCAAAAUUAUGUUUUUCUUGUGUUUUGAUAUCAUAUUGUACAUCAGCUGAAGAAGCUAACACUGUAAAAGUGUGAAGAAAUUAUAUCAGUAGCUAGGUUUCCAUCCAAUUAGCGAAUAUUCUAGAAUCUGCAUCAAGAAAAUAUGUGCAUUUUCCCACCAGUGGUGUGUUUCCACCAAACGGACUUGUUGUGAAUAGAAAUCAGUGUGCGAUGACAUAGUGCACACAAUGUACUUUUUCGCUUAAGUUUUCAUUUACAGAAUAAAAAUCUAAAGUUCAAUGUGCUUCCAUCACAUUUUCAACUCUAUCGAUAGUUUUGUCACAAAAAUUGUUGCGUUAAAUAGCAAAUAUGCCUACUUUGGUCUUGGCAUGUGCGCAAUAUCCAACAGCUCGCAGAGACUGUGGUAGUCUACAUGAUGAGAUUAUUAUGGAUAAGAGCGAGUAUGUUUUUAUUUGUCAAAUGGCAGUCAAGCAUUGAUCAUCAUGUCACCAGAAUAAGACCCUCGAUAUUUAUUGGAAAGGAGCAUCAAGCUCAUCACCGUGCACUUUCACCACCCUGUGAAGUUCAUCAUAACUUAUUUUAUCUGUAGCCUAAUAAACUGCAUGGUUUCCAGAGUCAUUGUGGGAGGACCACAUACAGUUAAAGUCAGAAGUUUACAUAUACUUAGGUUGGAGUCAUUAAAACUCAUUUUUCAACCACUCCACAAAAUUCUUGUUAACAAACUAUAGUUUUGGCAAGUCGGUUAGGACAUCUACUUUGUGCAUGACACAAGUAAUUUUUCCAACAAUUGUUCACAGACAGAUUAUUUCACUUAUAAUUCACUGUAUUACAAUUCCAGUGGGUCAGAAGUUUACAUACACUAAGUUGACUGUGCAUUUAAACAGCUUGGAAAAUUCCAGAAAAUUAUGUCAUGGCUUUAGAAGCUUCUGAUAGGCUAAUUGACAUCAUUUGAGUCAAUUGGAGGUGUACCUGUGGAUGUAUUUCAAGGCCUACCUUCAAACUCAGUGCCUCUUUGCUUGACAUCAUGGGAAAAUCAAAAUAAAUCUGCCAAGACCUCAAAAGAAGAAUUUUAGACCUCCACAAGUCUGGUUCAUCCUUGGGAGCAAUUUCCAAAUGCCUGAAGGUACCACGUUCAUCUGUACAAACAAUAGAACGCAAGUAUAAACACCAUGGGACCAUGCAGCCGUCAUACCGCCCAGGAAGGAGACGCGUUUUGUCUCCUAGAGUUGAACUUACUUUGGUGCGAAAAGUGCAAAUCAAUCCCAGAACAACAGCAAAGGACCUUGUGAAGAUGCUGGAGGAAACCGGUACAAAAGUAUCGUUAUGUUUGGAGGAAAAAGGGGGUGGCUUGCAAGCCGAAGAACACCAUCCCAACCAUGAAGCACGGGGGUGGCAGCAUCAUGCUGUUGGGGUGCUUUGCUGCAGGAGGGACUGGUGCACUUCACAAAAUAUGUGGCAUCAUGAGGAAGGAAAAUUAUGUGGAUAUAUUGAAGCAACAUCUCAAGACAUCAGUCAGGAAGUUAAAGCUUGGUUGCAAAUGGGUCUUCCAAAUGGACAAUGACCCCAAGCAUACUUCCAAAGUUAUGGCAAAAUGGCUUAAGGACAACAAAUUCAAGGUAUUGGAGUUGCCAUCACAAAGCCCUGACCUCAAUCCUAUAGAAAAUUUGUGGGCAGAUCUGAAAAAGCGUGUGCGAGGCCUACAAAUUGACUCAGUUACACCAGCUCUCUCAGGAGGAAUGGGUCAAAAUUCACCCAACUUAUUGUGGGAAGCUUGUGGAAUGCUACCCGAAACGUUUGACCCAAGUUAAACAAUUUAAAGGCAAUGCUACUAAAUACUAAUUGAGUGUAUGUAAACUUCUGACCCACUGGGAAUGUGAUGAAAGAAAUAAAAGCUGAAAUAAAUCAUUCUCUCUGUCAGUGGGUGCUGUAGGUGGGUGUGGUGCAGGAAUCAGAUGCAGGACGCAGAAAAUAAGUCCAAUAGACUUUAGUGAAAAGCACACUCAAAAUAACGAGUCAAACGCCCGGAGGCGAGAAAGUCCGCACACAGGCGAAAACCAAAAGGCGCACAAAACAGUGCGUAAAUAACCUCCUAACACAGAGGAGGAAAAUGAACGAAAUGCACAAGGCAACAAUAGCGCACAAACACGACAGCGAAACAAUCACACACAAACACAGACACACAACGAGAACUAAAUAGAACACUAACGAGGACUAACUAGACACAGGUGUACAACAUCAAGACCAAACCAAACGAACAUGAAACAUAGAUCGGUGGCAGCUAGUACUCCGGAGACGACGACCGCCGAAGCCUGCCUGAACCAGGAGGAGGAGCAGCCUCGGCCGAAACCGUGACAGUACCCCCCCCCUUGACGCGCGGCUCCAGCCGUGCGCCGACCCCGGCCUCGGGGACGACCAGGAGGACGCGGAGCAGGGCGCGCGGGAUGGUCCCGGUGGAACUCCGACAGGAGAGAUGGGUCUAGGAUGUCCCUCCGCGGCACCCAGCACCGCUCCUCCGGGCCGUACCCCUCCCACUCCACGAGAUACUGGAGACCCCCCAUCCGGCAUCUGGAGUCCAAGAUGGACCGAACGGUGUACGCCGGAGCCCCCUCGAUGUCCAAUGGGGGCGGAGGAGUCUCUCCUAUCUCAUUGUCCUGGAGUGGACCAGCUACCACCGGCCUGAGAAGAGACACAUGGAACGAGGGGUUAAUAUUCUUAUAUUCAACAGGUAGAUUUAACCUAUAACACACCUCGUUCAAUCUUCUCAGGACUUUAAAGGGCCCCACAAACCGCCGACCCAGCUUCCGGCAGGGCAGGCGGAGGGGUAGGUUUCUGGUAGAGAGCCAGACUCGAUCUCCGGGUGCGUACACCGGCCCCUCACUGCGGUGGAGAUCGGCGCUCGCCUUGUGACGAAGGACGGCCCGCUGCAGGUGGACGUGGGCAGUGUUCCACGUCUCUUCCGAGCACCUCAUCCAAUCAUCCACCGCAGGGGCCUCGAUCUGGCUCUGCUGCCACGGUGCCAGAACCGGCUGGUAACCUAAUACACAUUGGAAAGGGGUUAGGUUAGUAGAGGAGUGGCGGAGAGAGUUCUGGGCCAUCUUGGCCCAGGGAAUGUAACGCGCCCACUCCUCAGGCCGGUCCUGGCAAUACGACCUCAGAAACCUACCCACAUCCUGGUUGACACGUUCUACCUGCCCGUUACUCUCCGGGUGGUACCCCGAGGUAAGGCUAACCGAGACCCCCAAACGCUCCAUAAACGCUCUCCACACACGGGAGGUAAACUGGGGGCCUCGAUCAGACACUAUAUACUCGGGGACCCCGUAAUGCCGGAAGACGUGGGUAAAUAGGGCCUCAGCGGUCUGUAGGGAAGUAGGAAGACCCGACAUAGGGAGAAGACGACAGGCCUUAGAGAACCGGUCCACAACGACCAGGAUGGUGGUAUUCCCCUGAGAGAGGGGAAGGUCUGUUACAAAAUCCACCGAGAGGUGGGACCAUGGUCGUUGUGGAACGGGUAGGGGCUGUAACUUACCCCUGGGCAGAUGUCGGGGCGCCUUACACUGGGCGCACACUGAGCAGGAGGAGACGUAAACCCUCACAUCCCUAGCCAAAGUAGGCCACCAGUAUUUAGUGCUAAGGCAAUGCACUGUCCGGCCAAUACCCGGAUGUCCAGAGGAGGGUGACGUGUGAGCCCAGUAGAUGAGUCGAUCCCGAAUCUCGAGCGGAACGUACUUCCGACCCUCAGGACAUUGUGGAGGGCUGGGGUCGGUACGCAACGCUCGCUCGAUCUCGGCAUCGACCUCCCACACCACCGGUGCCACAAGGCAAGACUCCGGUAGUAUGGUAGUAGGCUCAACGGACCUCUCCUCCGUGUCAUACCGCCGGGACAGUGCAUCUGCCUUGCCAUUCUGGGACCCAGGGAUGUACGUGAUUUUAAAUACGAACCUGGUGAGAAACAUACUCCAUCGAGCCUGGCGAGGGUUCAGUCUCCUCGCUGCCCGGAUGUACUCCAGGUUCCGAUGGUCAGUCAAAAUGAGGAAAGGGUGUUGAGCCCCCUCAAGCCAAUGCCUCCACACCUUAAGGGCCUGAACUACAGCUAACAGCUCCCUGUCCCCAACGUCAUAGUUACGCUCCGCCGGGCUGAGCUUUUUGGAGUAAAAGGCACAGGGGCGGAGUUUAGGUGGCGAGCCGGACCGUUGAGAGAGCACGGCCCCUAUACCAGCCUCAGACGCGUCCACCUCAACCUGAAAGGGAAUUGUGGGAUCCGGAUGCGCCAGCACCGGAGCCGACGUAAACAGGUCCUUCAGUCUCCCAAAGGCCCUGUCCGCAUCAGCUGACCACUGCAGGCGCACCGGACCCCCUUUCAGAAGGGACGUGAUGGGAGCUGCCACCUGUCCAAAACCCCGGAUAAACCUCCGGUAGUAAUUCGCAAAGCCCAAGAACUGCUGCACCUCUUUUACAGUGGUUGGAGUUUGCCAAUUACGCACAGCGGACACACGAUCCACCUCCAUUCUCACCCCUGACGCGGACAACCGAUAACCCAAAAAGGAGACCGACUCCUGGAAAAACAGAAAUUUCUCUGCCUUGACAUAUAGGUCGUGCUCCAACAGCCUCCUCAAUACACGUCGCACCAGGGUUACAUGCUCGGUUCGGGUAGACGAGUACACCAGAAUAUCAUCAAUGUACACGACCACCCCUUGUCCCUGCAUAUCCCGGAAAAUGUCAUCUACGAAGGAUUGAAAGACUGAUGGAGCAUUCAUCAACCCAUAUGGCAUGACAAGAUAUUCGAAAUGACCUGACGUGGUACUAAACGCUGUCAGAGGGAGUGGAUAACUGUAUUUCACAGUAAUCUGAUUGAGACCACGGUAAUCAAUGCACGGGCGCAACCCUCCAUCUUUCUUUUUCACAAAAAAGAAACUCGAAGAGGCGGGGGAAGUGGAAGGCCGGAUGUAUCCCUGUCUCAAAGAUUUGGCUAUGUAAGUCUCCAUAGCUUUUCUCUCCUCUUGAGACAAAGGAUACACAUGGCUCCGUGGGAGCGCUGCUCCUGCCUGGAGAUCAAUCGCACAAUCCCCCUGUCUAUGGGGAGGCAACUGCGUCGCCCUAGUUUUGCUAAACACAAGAGCUAAAUCCCCAUAUUCAGGCGGAAUGUGCAGUGCGGGCACUUGGUUUGGACUUUCCACCGAAGUCGCCCCCACGGAAACACCCAGACAUCGCCCCUCACACUGAACAGACCACCCAUCGAGAGCCCUCUGUUGCCACGAAAUAGCAGGGUUAUGGGUGCUUAACCAGGGAAUUCCCAGCACCACUGGGUACGCAGGAGAGUCGAUCAGAUACAGCUGUAUAGUCUCUUCAUGACCCCCCUGCGCACACAUCCUAAGUGGCGCUGUGACUUCCCUGAUCAACCCCGACCCCAACGGGCGGCUAUCUAAGGCAUGAACGGGAAAAGGUUUGUCAACAGGUAGGAGAGGGAUCCCUAACUCUAAACAAAACUUUCGAUCAACAAAAUUCCCAGCUGCGCCUGAAUCUACUAGCGCCUUAUGCUGGGAAUGAGGUGCAACCUGUGGAAAACCAACAGGUAUACAAAAGUGCGCAACAGAAAGCUCUGGGUAAGUGGGGCGUCUACUCACCUGGGAGGCCCCCCCAGUGCGUGGCCUGUUGUCUUCUCCCCCUGGAGAACCCUCCCCAGCACCUGGCCGCAGUGUGCCCUCCACGACCGCACUUGGUGCAGGAGACAGGCCCCCCGGGCUCCUCCUCCUCCGUUCUCUAGCGCCGGCACCCCCGAGCUCCAUAGGGCUCGGCUCGGAGGUGCCGGAGGGCGGAAUGGACGGACCCCCCUCGGGACGUCCACGGGUGGCCAGCAGGGUGUCUAAACGGAUGGACAGAUCAACCAACUGGUCGAAAGUCAGAUGGGUAUCCCUGCAGGCCAACUCUCGUUGAACGUCCUCCCGGAGGCUACACCGAAAAUGGUCGAUGAGAGCCCGUUCAUUCCACCCUGCAUCCGCCGCUAGAGUCCGGUACUCUAAAGCAAACGCCUGUGCGCUCCUCCUCCCCUGUCUCAAGUGGACUAGCCGCUCCACCGCCGCUUUGCCCUCAGGUGGAUGGUCAAACACGGCCUUGAAGCGGCGGGAGAACUCGGCGUAGGAGAUGGUGUUGGCGUCCAUCUUCCUCCACUCAGCGUUAGCCCACUCCAACGCCUUUCCCGAGAGACAGGAGAUGAGGGCGGAAACGCUCUCGUGUCCCGAGGGGCACCGGGUGUACAGUGGCCAGGUAGAGCUCCACCUGCAGGAGGAACCCCUGACACCCGGCAGCUGUUCCGUCAUACGCCCUCGGGAGCCCUCGGGAGCGAGAGCCGAAUCCUUCUGGGUUCCGGACAUGGGACUGGUGGACCGGCCGAUGGGGUGGGCAGGGUAGGUGGAGGUGUGGGUACCCUGCUGGCUUCCCAUCGGUGCAGGGUGUUGAUCACGUCCUGUAGAGCGGUCUCCAGUUGUCUUAUCUGGCCAUCUUGCCAAUGGAUAUGCUCCUCAAGCGACACAGGUGUCACGGCCGAUCCUGCUGAUUCCAUUAUGGUGUGUGAUUCUGUCAGUGGGUGCUGUAGGUGGGUGUGGUGCAGGAAUCAGAUGCAGGACGCAGAAAAUAAGUCCAAUAGACUUUAGUGAAAAGCACACUCAAAAUAACGAGUCAAACGCCCGGAGGCGAGAAAGUCCGCACACAGGCGAAAACCAAAAGGCGCACAAAACAGUGCGUAAAUAACCUCCUAACACAGAGGAGGAAAAUACGAAAUGCACAAGGCAACAGUAGCGCACAAACACGACAGCGAAACAAUCACACACAAACACAGACACACACAACGAGAACUAAAUAGAACACUAACGAGGACUAACUAGACACAGGUGUACAACAUCAAGACCAAACCAAACGAACAUGAAACAUAGAUCGGUGGCAGCUAGUACUCCGGAGACGACGACCGCCGAAGCCUGCCCGAACCAGGAGGAGGAGCAGCCUCGGCCGAAACCGUGACACUCUCUACUAUUAUUCUGACAUUUCACAUUCUUAAAAUAAAGUGGUGAUCCUAAGUGACCUAAGACAGGGAAUUUUUACUAGGAUUAAAUGUCAGGAAUUGUGAAAAACUGAGUUUAAAUGUAUUUGGCUUAGGUGUAUGUAAACUUCCGACUUCAACUGUAUGUGACUACAAGUUUACUUCAAUAUGAAAGUUAUAAUAUCAAUAUUUGCGUAUAAAGGCGUUUUCACCGCCAUUUCUCGCAUAAUUAAUUUUACAGACACAAAAAAAAUCCACUAUGUCGAAAGAAUGAUCUCUCUGCAUUUUAAAGGUUGUACCGGAACUUCCUGUUUCCAUCACAGCUGUCGUUACUUUUUUUUUUAUACGGUAUGACUUUACUCACAUAAAAACUGUGGAAGGAAACAUUGUUAGUGUUAUUUCCUGAUAGUUGCUGGCUCCCAUACACAGGAUGCAUGGGUGGAGUUUUGGCUUGCCUGGUGACAUCUCCAGGCAGUAUAAUGUGUAAUAGACCAAUCACAAAGAGAGUUCCAAACCUCUGCCAAUAACCUCUCUCCCAUUAGGCCCCCGUCCUCCACUUUAGUGCCCUUCCCCUCCCAACUCAGACCUCUCCCAGACAAUCCUAGCAAAAUUCUUGAUUGAGAAAGAUUUCUUUGCUAAAAAGCUAUUUUUGUUUAUUUUUGACCAUUUUAAUGGAAAACUACUACAGUAAGGUAUUUAUUUGUUACCCAGAAAUGAUUUGAUAUUGAGAUAAAAACAACCUUUAAUACUGAAACCAUUAUAUUGUAUCAAGUUCAAAUCAUUCUCCAAUGAUAAUUUUACAUUUUCGGAAAGAUCCUCAUGUGCCUCAAUACACAGUCAAGCUCCCUCUCGAUUGUGUCUUCUGUUCAAUAGCUGACAGCAGCCAAUGGUGCUCUGUGCAUCAUCAACCCACUCUAUCUCCAUGAGCAUGGCGAUGACUGGCUGACGCAUCAACCAACCAGCUCACAGCGAGUUAAUCGGCCAUCCAAUUAUAGGCAUGAGAGACGACUGAGUACAACGAGACCUUGGUCAGGGGCGGGCCUUCUUACUAAGAGAGCUAUUUCAUUGGAGCAGGAGCCCUGCAGCUCCAGUCCUGAUAAUCCAGGUAAAGUGAUUUUAAUUUUUAAGGCCCAGUGUUGUCAAAAACAUGAUUGGAAUAAUACUGUGAAAUUGUGAAAAUUAUGAUAAUGCCCUUUUAGUGUAAUUGAGAUUUUUUUUUUUUUUUUAACGACUGCAUUGGACCCUUUUAAUGUGUUUUAUUAUCAUUGUCCAUCCUGUCUGUGUGAAAAUAUCACCGCAUUAAUCAUCCUUCUCUCUGUAGGAGGUAAUGAGACAUCAUAGAGCUCACUAGCCAUUAUGCCAAAACCAAAAUCAACCAACGACUAACUGAUAUAGUGCAUUCGGAAAGUAUUCAGACCCCUUGACUUUUUCCACAUUUUGUUAGGUUACAGCCUUAUUCUAAAAUUGAUUAAAUUGUAUUUAUUCCCUCAGCAAUCUACACACAAUACCCCAUAAUGACAAAGCAAAAACAGUUUUUUCUAUUGUUUUGCUAAAAAAAAAAAAAUAAUACAAUGAAAUAUCACAUUUACAUAGGUAUUCAGACCCUUUACUCAGUACUUUGUUGAAGCACCUUUGGCAGCGAUUACAGCCUAGAGUCUUCUUGGGUAUGACGCUACAAGCUUGGCACACCUGUAUUUGUUUCUCCCGUUCUUCUCUGCAGAUCCUCUCAAGCUCUGUCAGGUUGGAUGGGGAGCGUCGCUGCACAGCUAUUUUCAGGUCUCUCCAGAGAUGUUCGAUCGCGUUCAAGGCUGGGCUCUGGCUGGGCCACUCAAGGACACUCAGAGACUUGUCCCGAAGCCACUCCUGCGUUGUCUUGGCUGUGUGCUUAGGGUCGUUGUCCUGUUGGAAGGUGAACCUUCGCCCCAGUCUGAGGUCCUGAGUGCUCUGGAGUAGGUUUUCAUCAAGGAUCUCUCUGUACUUUGCUCCGUUCAUCUUUCCCUUGAUCCUGACUAGUCUCCUAGUCCAUGCCGCUGAAAAACAUCCCCACAGCAUGAUGCUGCCACCACCAUGCUUCACCGUAGGGAUGGUGCCAGGUUUCCUCCAGACGUGACGCUUGGCAUUCAGGCCAAGAGUUCAAUCUUGGUUUCAUCAGACCAGAGGAUCUUGUUUCUCAUGGUCUGAGAGUCCUUUUGGCAAACUCCAAGCGGGCUGUCAUGUGCCUUUUACUGAGGAGUGGCUUCCGUCUGGCCACUCUAUCAUAAAGGCCUGAUUUGGUGGAGUGCUGCAGAGAUGGUUGUCCUUCUGGAAGGUUCUCCCAUCUCCAAAGAGAAACUCUGGAGCUCUGUCAGAGUGAUCAUUGGGUUCUUGGUCACCUCCCUGACCAAGGCCCUUCUCCCCCGAUUGCUCAGUUUGGCCGGGUGGCCAGCUCUAGGAAGGGUCUUGGUGGUUCCAAACUUCUUCCAUUUAAGAAUGAUGGAGGCCACUGUGUUCUUGGGGACCUUCAAUGCUGCAGAAAUAUUUUGGUACCCUUCCCCAGAUCUGUGCCUCGACACAAUCCUGUCUCAGAGCUCUACGGAUAAUUCCUUUGACCUCAUGGCUUGGUUUUUGCUCUGACAUGCACUGUCAACUGUGGGACCUUAUAUAGACAGGCGUGUGCCUUCCCAAAUCAUAUCCAAUCAAUUUACUUUACCACAGGUUGACUCCUAUCAAGUUGUAGAAACAUCUCAAGGAUGAUCAAUGGAAACAGGAUGCACCUGAGCUCAAUUUCGAAUCUCAUAGCAAAGGGUCUGAAUACUUAUGUAAAUAAGGUUUUUUAUUUGUAAUACAUUUGCAGAAAUUUAAAAAAAAACUGUUUUCGCUUUGUCAUUAUGGGGUAUUGUGUGUAGAUUCAUGAGGGAAAAAAAAUAUUUUAAUCCAUUUUAGAAUAAAGCUGUAACGUAACAAAAUGUGGAAAAGGGGAAGGGGUCUGAAUACUUUCCGAAUGCACUAUAUGUUUGGUCUUGUCUCCAGGGUCUCCUGUAGUCCAGGCUUCCCCGUCUCCCCCCACCCCAACAGGAGGGGUGGUUCUGAGGAGGCCCAGUAGGGAUGCUUCCAUUGAGUCACUCCACAGAACAGGGAGCCAGGACCGCACUAACACCUCCAGGCCCCCGUCAGACCCCAAGCCCCUGUUCAGCCCUGCCCCGCAGUCCCCUCACAGGGUGUCCUGGAUUGAGGACAAUGUAUGGCUCUCCAAACCACCACCCUCCUCCCUCCUCCGUCCCCCCUCCCUGGAGCUGGACUCGCUGUCAAUCAGCAGCAUUGAGGAGGAGCCGGAGUCGGUCACCAGCCCCUCCCACUCCCCCCACCCCUCGUAUCGGUUGGCCGACAAGGUGAAGCACCGCCUCUCGGCUGUGGGCCUGGCCAUUGGUGGGCUGGGGUCUCCACAGAAGAGGCUGACCAAGCGGGUGCAGGAGCUCAGUAAGCGGAGGGGCGGGGUAUUUGCAGAGGCAGUGCUGGAAUUCGUUGAGAUGACCCUAGGGGCUGGGUUUACCCCUGGAAUGACAGGUGUGGAUUUGCUUCAGGAGGUGCGUACGGCUCUCACUGCCCUGAGAGAGACACUGCUGGACUGUCCCGAGAUACACAUCUUCAUAGACAGUAUGGCCGACACACCCAACUGGGAGCUGGGUGAGUCCAUGCAUUAACAAAUUAGUGUUCGAAAACAGAAUAUCACUGCUAUUAUACAAAAAAACUUUUCAGCUUUAGUUCACUAUCCACCACAAAGCCAAAACGGACAAACACUCAACUACAUCAUUUUCCAGAAUUGUUUUCUAACACCUCAGUCUCUCCCUCUCUCUGUCCUCUAUCUACAUUAGACGCCAUACUGGAGCUCUCCCUACACAAGGUGGCCCUGAAGCCUGUGAGCUCCCACCUGUACACCUGCCUCCAGAGCUGUCGGGACCAUGACGGUAGCCUGCGGAAGCUGAGGGAGAACCAGCGGGUCCUGGAGGGCCGGGGGGUGGAGGAGCUGGAAGGGACGCCUGGGGCGGGGGUCCCUGACCCUGUCACCCUGGAGAAGAUCCAGCAGAGGUGGUCAGCCAUGCACCAGUCCUACUCCCCCAGCAGGAAGGUCCAUAUCAUGCUCAAGGUCUGCAAGACCAUCUACCACAGCAUGACAGCCAAUGCCAACCCAGGUGGGUGGUGCAGGGUAGACCUCCUCAGCCUCAGUAUGUGGAGUGAAUGGAGUUGGUUAGGGUUAGUGUAUUUCUCUCUCUUUCUUUAGGUAUGGUGAAAUUAGGUGGAAAAUCUGUCGAUGUGCCCUUGAGCAAGGCACUUAACCCUAAUUGCUCCUGUAAGUCGCUCUGGAUAAGAGCGUCUGCUAAAUGACUAAAAUGUAAAUGUAAACUCUCUAUUAAGGAUGAUGUUUGGAGUUCUUUGACUUUUGACUCCCUCCUCCCCUCUGUCUCAGGUGUAGUGUACGGGGCUGAUGACUUCCUGCCCUGUCUGACCUGGGUGCUUCUGCGUAGUGAUGUGGUCACUCUGCAGCUGGACACUGACUACAUGAUGGAGCUACUGGACCCCACACAGCUGCAGGGAGAGGGUACGAAUUAUACAAACGUUUCACGCAGACCCACAGAAACAUGUAUGUGCACAUGGACACUCGUAUAGUAACCCCCUUUCUGUCUCUGUUUCUCUCUCUCUCUACCUCUGUCUCUCUAUUUUGCAGGAGGUUAUUACUUGACGUCCCUGUACGCUUCUCUCUUCUACAUCAGCAGCUUCCGCCCUCGUCUCGCCACGCGCCAGCUUAGCACCGAGGCCCAGAAAUCCCUGAGCCAAUGGCAUCGCAGGCGCACCCUGCACUGCAACCAAUCACGACGCAGCACAAAUCGGAGGACCCUCCGGAGACCUGGGCAUGGCGAGAAGGGCAGGGAAAACUCCUGUGAUGCAGAGACGGAAACUGGCACAGGAAGUGUAACUGACGCCCCACCGGCGCCCUCUAGUGUUGUGGCCAAGGCACUGCACAUAAUCUCAGAGGUUGUGGUAGCGGCGAGGGAGGAGGGGGGCAGCAGAGCGGAGGGCCAAGGAUCCCCAGCUGCACAACUCCAGGCCUCACCUAGGAAGGAGAGACAGGACUCAGGUUAGUCUCCACAGGGUCCAUGAGGCACUCUGCGCCAGGCCAGUAGAGCUGGAAGACCGGACAGACACACAGAUGGGUCAGCAGAGGUCAGAGAGGACUGGGCUGCCAGUGGGAGACUGAAGCCAGAGUGA